AUGGCGCCGGCGCCUCAUGUGUUCAAGCAAUGGAUGCAGUUCAAGGCGCCCAUGGUGCUGCUUCAGUGCGCGAUUGCGGAGAUUGUCGGGACCAUGUACUUCGUCUUUCAAGGCGUGCUGUGCUCAGCCAUCGUCACCCCAGGAGCCAAGAUUGAGCCUCUCACAACGGUGGUCAUCAUCGCGUUGGGUAACGGCGUCGCCUACGCGCUCGCAGUGGCCGGAACACUCGGCAUUUCCGGGGGUCACAUCAAUCCGGCCACCACAAUCGCCAUGCUCACCGUCGGAUUGAUUGAUGUGGUGUCCGCCCUGGUCUACAUCAUCGGGCAGAUGGUUGGGGCGCUUGUCGGCGUCGGCCUUGCAACUGCCGUCUUGCCUUCAUCUCUUAACAGAAUUCUUGGCGCGCCGUCGCUUCCCGCAGGCACCUCGUCGGGCACAGGUUUCUUGGCAGUGCUCCUCUUCGCCUCGCUUCUCAUCUUCACCGUUUUCGCCACCGCCGUAGAUCCCAGGGGCCCUAUCGCACUCGCACCCCUCAUGAUUGGCCUCACCAUCCUGACCACCACUGCCGUGGGUGUGCCUCUCUCGGGCGGAACUAUUAACCCGGCACAGGCGUUCGCAACGGCGGUGUGGCAAGGUCUGUGGUCCAAUCAAUGGAUCUACUGGCUGGCACCUAUCCUGGCAGGCAUUGCUGUGGCGGUACCGUAUGCCGUGGUCUAUCUGCUGCCCCUCAGCAACAAGGGCGAUGACGAUGAUGAGAAGGUGUAA